UUGUUUGUGGCCAUGUUAGAUUUUGUUAAAUUACUUAAAGUGACAUCUUUUUUUAUAUUAUUUGGAUUUGCAAGUGUAACAAGCUCAAAAACACAUCUGGAUACAUUUAAUUAUUGUAUACGAGAUGCAGAAAAUCAAGGACUUAAAUCUUGCAUGGGAAAGACUGCUAUAAGUUUUUUGCAAUCUUUUAAUGAACAAGAUAACUUUACAGUAUUUCCUGAUUUAAUUGCUGAAAAAGAUGAAAGUGUUGCUUCGCGUUCGAUUGUUAAUUUUUUGGAUCAGGAUCCAGUGGAUUUUCGAGGCAUAAUGGAAAGUGCUGGUGCUUUAUUUAGUGAAAGAUCGUUACAAUGGCGUUUGGAUAACAUUUAUCCGGGUUUGAUGUUCAAAAUUGGCCCAUCGGCAGAUUCAAAUAGUGUUGCAGAGUUUGUGAUGGAUCCCAAAGUCGAUGAGCGUUUCUACGCUGAGCCAUCAAGUGCCAAAAUACUUACCAAACAAUAUCUUUUGCCAAUGCUAUUGGGAUUCAAAUUUAAUCUUGUUGUCUUCAUUCCAAUCUUAUUUGGACUGAUUGUUUUGUUUUUGAAGAAGUCACUUUUUCUAGUAAAAGUUGCUAUGUAUAUUAGCAGCAUUUUAGGAGUUGGUGGAGCAGCAUCACUCGGAUCACCCUUCGGAUUUGGCGGUGGUGUAAGUGGUGGAGUUGGUGGUGGAUGGCCACCAAUUUUACCCGGUUUUGGUGCACCUGGUGCAGGAUUGUAUCCAGCUAAAGAUAGUUUGAGUUCCAAUUACCAAUCAUCAGAUUCUGAUAUCUUUCAUCAUGAUGCUGAUUAUUCACGCAAAGAUCGUAGUAAAGUUGUGUUCACAGUUUCAGGUAAAAGGGACACUUUAACUGCUCAUUCGGUUGGUCAAAGUUUUGCCAAAUGCCUAGGGGAUCCCUCGAUUGGAAAGUGUUUUCAAAAAGAAGCCAUCAAAACAUUGGAUGUCCUUUUGUAUGAUAACUCAACUUGGCAAUAUAGUGAAUUUAUUGAAUUUGAAAAAGAUCCAAAUUUUACGGUUUCUGAUUUGAAAUCAGGAAGAUUUGUUAAUAAUAAUGGAUCCCCUAGUGAUAUAAUAGCUGAGAAGUUACUUCAGUUGGCACAGGCACGAUCGAUUCGAAUGAAAAUGAACCCUAAAGGAUUGGAGACCAAAGUGGAUAUGGAUGGUUUGGAUAAUAAUAAUUUCGAAGAAGGUGGAUUACAUUCAAGAAAAAAGCAGCAAAUUUGGUACUUAAAUCAUUCACUUAAAGGACGCAAGAAGAAGGACAAAAAAGGUGGAAUGGCUAUGAUGGGCGGCUUGGCUAUGAUUGCGAUGAUGGCUCAGAUGUUUCUUGGCAAGGUGCUUCUAAUUGCUGGUGCUGCUUUUGUGAUGUCUAAGAUUGCUAUGUUGCUGUCAGUUUUGACCAGUCUAAAGUCGAAACUAAGUGGGGGUGGUAGUACAGAUCAUGUUGUAACAAUUGAUUCCGGUGGUGGUCACGGCCAUAGUGGAGGUGGACACAGUGGCUGGCAUCGCAGCUUACCCUAUAUAACACCAUCUCCACCAAUUCAUUUCGAACCAGCCGAAGAAGAACACCACGAAAUAGAGCAUCACCACGAAGAAGAGCACCAUGAGAUACCACAAAUUUCUGAAUACUAUUCCCAUCAUGAUACAAGUUCUCAGAAAGAUGAUUACAAAUUCAUAUAA